UCCUGAUUGGGUGAAGUGCGGUCGUGUUUUUGUUUCAAAAAAUCUGCAAUGUCGUAAAAUGUUUGAGUAUGCGUCUUUAUUUUCUCAAAAAGUGCCGACUUAUUGUGACUGUACGUCUGAAAUGUUUGUGUAUAAAUGGAAUGAUGUGAUUUUGAUAUUCCAGAAAUAAAUAAAGACAUCACAAUGCACAAGUACUACUUUUCUAUGAUACUGGUGCGGGCAGUCCUGCCAGCCGGACUACUUUUGAGUAUAGCCCUUCGGCCUUUCGGUUUAUCAUUAAUAUAUCUGCUGCUAUACUUACUAGCACCAUUGCCACAAGUACCAGACACGCAAACAUUCACCGGCUGGUGCGGAAAAUAUCUUCUGCUGAACGUGGUUGUGUCAAUAUUCCUGCUGCUAUGUCACGUGGUGUGGCACAGCGUGCUGGCUGCGUUUGCGCCCUACGGCUCCCUGCUCGAAGACUAUCCGCUAAUACAAAGGAUCGGGCACAACCUGGGCCUGGUCUCAUACGCCGGGAUCGAUCCGCUGAUGGCCGUGCACUAUCUGGCACCUGAGCUCGUGAUGACAGGCGUAUCGCUUGUCGUCUACAUCUCGGUGAAGAAGUUAUUCACCGGAGCCCAGCCCGAGGUGCAGAAGAAAGACUCCAAACAUCAACGGUAUCCGCUCCUCACGAGCGCAGGAAAGUACCUAUGCCUGUUCCUCAUAAUGUUCUCCGGGAUAAUGCGUCCGAGCGUCACGUCGGGCAUCUACUUCCUGGUGUUCAUGGGGGCUGCGACGGCGUGGGCGGUGGGCAGGCCGUUAGAGCGCGGGUUCGCGGUUGUCGGCCGAUGUGUGAUGGCGAUCAUGGCUGCCCAUGUCUUGGUGCUGCUGGCUUACCAAUGCUCAUGGUUGAUUGAACUGUAUCCGCCCAAUAUGGAGUUUGCCAGAUAUUUUGGCCUCACCCAACUGGUGGUAAUCAACGAGACUCAUCCGAUGAGCUUCUCGUAUGAAGUGACUGAUGACGGCAUGUGGGGCACGCUGGCCAGCCCGCUUGUGAUAUUGUUCACUUACUUCGUCCUUGCAAUAGAAACACGAGAGCUUUUCAAACCGAAGGUUGCAUUUUCAUACAUAAAUUCAAAAGCACUACAACGUGGGAGCGCCAGUGAGACAACCCCUUUGAUGCGCAACUUGAGUCCGACCAAGCGCUGGUCGAGCGUGCGCUCAGGGUCGGCGACGAGGCAACUGCACCAAGACUCCACUGGCUCGGUGGUGGUACCGGACGAAGAGUCGAUCAUAGAAGAAGAAGAACCGACGCUAUUGGAUGACAUCAUCGCAGCCGUUAUAGAUUUCUUCCAAGUUCUGGUCAGAUCAUCGUAUAUAGCGACAACAAUAACAAUGAUGGCGUGGAGUAUAAUGUUCCAUUCGUGGCUCACUUUCGUUUUCCUCAUGUGGGCGAACAUUGUGUGGCUGUGCCAAGACCAACGCUCGUUCAUGCUGAAGACGAGUCCCAUACUAGUCUGUUACGCCAUGCUGCUUCUCCUAGCACAGUAUAUUUAUGGCAUGAAUUUAUUGGAAUCAGAGCUACCUUCAAACAUAACGGAAGUGAAUCUCCGUCAAAUCGGUCUCGGAAGGGCUAACGGGGAGCCGUGCGUGCCGCUGCUGAUCAAGGCGCUGUUCACGUGCAUGUUCUGGGUGACGCUGCGCCAGCGCGUGCAGGAGAUCCGCCAGCGGCGCCAGUCCGCCGCCAUCACCGACAUGGCCGCGCCGCUGCAGCUCACCGUCUCUACUGCCGCUAGCGUACUAGAGGCGCAGCGCGAGGAGGAGAGCCGGUCGCGGCUGCUGCGCGCGCUGGGCGAGUGGCUGCGCGCCAUGUGUGCGCGCUACUGGAUCUACGUCGUCGUCAUCAUGCUGUUCGUCAUUGGCGUUACUGGAGAGCGGAUGACCAUCUUCAGGAUCAUCUACAUGUUCCUUUUCCUUGUGUUUAUACUCAUGUUCCAGAUAAGUUGGUACUGGUGGCGUCGGCUAAUGUAUGUGUUCUGGAUAACGGUCAUCAUCUACUCCAUGAUCAAUCUUAUCCUCAUAUACAUAUACCAGUUCGAUAACUUCUCUAAAACAAUAGAGGAGUACUUGCUUAUAAACGAGAGACUGCAACACGAUUUGGGAUUAGAGCCGUAUCAUCCGGCGGACUUGUUCGUGAAGCUUCUAACGCCAACAUUAUUCUUGAUUAUUACGAUAAUGCAAGUACAUUAUUUCCACAAGGAUUUCAUGGCUCUAUCGGAUCCAAAAACCAGAACAAACAGCUUCGUUAAGGAACCCGAAUCCAGUAGGCCGAGUCAAGCCGGCGCGUCUACUAUGAAUAAUGAUGUGCCCCAACUUCCGCUAGAGGAGGAGGUUCGACGCGUGUCCAUGGAGGGCAGCGUCACAGAGGCUGAACACUCAUUAGAGAUGUCCACUUCGGUUAACACCGCUGCCAGACGGUCAUUAAGAAGGAAGUCGUCCCGCGCGCGGUCGUACGCGCCGACGCUGACGGAGCGCCCCUCCACCGGCUUCCGCUCCGUCAUGAUGCGCGCCUUCGUCGCGGUCCGGCACAUCGUGUACCAGUGGACUGACAAAAUAUUCAUAUACCUCGACAUACACCUCAUCAAGAUCAUAUUCGUGUCCUUGAUGCUUCUCUGCGUUAUGAACGUAUGUGCAAUGCAUGUCCCAAUAAUGAUAAUAAUAUCCCCGGCGCUGUGGCUCAGUGCUCGCAAGCAGCGCUUCUGCGUGCUCCUCAUAUCGACGCUGAUCAGUGUCUACCUCAUGGCAAAGAUGGUGUAUCAAAUUGACUACAUCAAGCACUCAUUCUUCGAUGUUAGUUGUACUACAGUUGGUGAAAACGAUACGUUAAAUUUGACAACGUACAAUAACGCCGAAUGGAUCGGGUUCUACAAGGCGACUAGCGAUAAACCGCUGGUUGCGUUGCUGAAGGGAUACAUCGGACUUAUUGUUGUGUUCACGUUCUACUCGUUGGUUACUUACAGACAGCAGGCUAUUCGGGAUAUGGGUUUGUUACCGAAAAAUAAAGACAAGAUAAUGUUCCCCGAAAUAACGCGUAAGGAAGCAGACAAGGAUAUGAUACACUGCAUCAAAUAUCUAGUCAAUUAUGGGUUUUAUAAAUUCGGCGUCGAGAUAACUCUUAUAUGCCUGAUGGGCGUUAUCGGUUCCCGAAUGGAUGUCUAUGCCGUGUUCUACUCUGCUUGGCUUCUAGUCCUCGUAUCUAUAAGAAGAAUUCGCCAAAUGCGUUUGUGGCCAGCCUUUACAGCAUUCGUUACAUUCCUAGUACCAGCACAGUAUAUGAUAGCUGUCGGAUUUCUACCUCAACUCUGCAUUAAUUAUCCGUGGAGUGGGCAAGAUCAGCAAAUGAAACACGUUCGAACUUGGUUAUUCCUGCCAUAUGCUGACGAGCCGCCACAUGCAAUAAAACUUAUAUUCGAUUACUUCCUACUACUAUUUGCAACUAGACAGCUUCGAGUGUUCGGCGUAGAAAAGACAAUCGGUGAAGAGUACGCCGGCGGAUCCAAUAGUGAAGACAUAGGCAAAGACUGGGAAACGCCAAACUUUGUAAAUCCGGUGCCAGACUUCCUUGGUUAUGUUGGUACAUGGUUGGACGUGAUCAAGCGCAUGGUGUUCUUGGGAAUGUUGUGGGUAACGCUGGCCAUCAUGUUCAUGACUGGUACCAACCGAGUCAAUCUCUUCUCGAUGGGUUAUCUCAUCGGUUCCUUCAUAUUCCUAUGGCAAGGCACCGACUUUUACUUACGGCCGAAAGAUGCCAUACUACAAUGGUGGUCCUGGCUGCUGCGGUACAACGUGUCUGUAGUAGUGGUGAAGGCCCUGCUGCAGAUCCCCGGGUGUAUCUUCAGUGCCGUGAUGCAGGAGCACGCGUGCUGGCUCGUGCAGCUGCUCGGUAUCGGAUGCGUCGACAAAUUUGCCGGCGGCAACAUUGCACGCUUCCUCAAAAUGCAGUAUAUUAAGGAUGCAGCGUGUUCUGUACCUCAGGAAGACAUAGGCCUUGCAUGGGACGGGGUCUGCUUCGCAUUUUUGAUCUUGCAACGAAGACUGUUCCACAGCUACUAUUUCUACAGGGUUAUAGAUGAAAGCAAGGCCACUACUGUACUUGCUUCUAGGGGUGCGGAAUUGAUAGAGGAAUUAAGACAAAAGCAAAUGCUAGUGCAAGAGGAGCAAGAAAAGAAGAUAUUGGAGAAAAUCAAAGUGAAAAUGGAAAGAAUUAAGGCAAACCAGAAGAAAAUACAGGGAGCUAUGACUAAGGAGCCACACCACCAUGACGCCGGAGAUGGUUCAGGUCCAACGAUUAAGCGCAGAGUUUACACGAAGAGGCACGAAGCUGUUCGGUCUGGAGACUACUACAUGUUCUAUGAAUUCGAUGACACCGAAGUGCACAUAAAGGACGACGAGUCCAGUUCUGACGAGGAUGCGCCCAAAGACAUGGGGAUUGGGAAGCUGUUGUCGACGGCGAUCAAGACGGACGUGACGCGCGCCGUGUCGCUGCGCCGCGCCUCCGCGCCCGCCGUGCGCUCCGCCCGCCACCUCUCGCUCGGCAGCUACCCGCUCUCCUACCCGCAUGAGAUGAAAAAGCACAUAUCCCACUCUGACAUUACCCGUGAAGGGGAUGUGAACGUGGGUAUGUCGGGACGCGACCGAGACGGUGCCGGAUCCGAUAUAGACGACUACGCACCAUUGCCUGAACAAGAGACGACAUUCGACAAAAUAAAGCGGUACCUGGAGAUCGCGUGGGCGUUCAUAUCGAGCUUCCUCGUGUCGAUCACGCGACACCUGAUGAAGUACUCGCGCGACUAUCGAUACGUUUCGCGAACGCUCUCAGUUGAGAAGAAAAUUCUGAAGGAGAAAGAAGGCUUUGGCAUUGGACUGAGAGAAGGAUCUCAGAUGAUAUGGGAACCUCUUCCGGAAACUUUGUUGCAUCACAAGGACGUGACAACGCUUGAAGAGCAAGAUGAUUCGAUGUUCAAACAAGACAGGAACCCGAUCGUGCAUUUGGGAUACGCUCUGUGGUACGCCGUACUGGCGCACACCGAUAUCGUGUGCUACAUUAUGGUGUUUAUCAAUCAGAUCCAAUCGGCUACUAUACUAUCUAUACCGUUACCGUUGAUGGUAUUUUUAUGGGGAACUCUGACUAUACCCCGGCCCACGAAAACUUUCUGGGUGACACUGAUCGCUUAUACGGAAGUGAUAGUAUUGAUAAAGAGCAUGUUUCAAUUCGAGAUCCUACCAUGGAAUCAGAAGGCCAUUCCAGCAAACAUGCCGUUCACAGCGCCUCGGAUUAUAGGCAUUGAAAGGAAGGUCAACUACGCCCUCUACGACUUGCUUCUUCUUCUUAUAAUCUUUUUACAUAGAUUUAUGUUAAAGUCCCUGGGGUUGUGGAAGGAGUCGACGCCAGAGAUUGAGUUGCGUGAGGACGUGGAGUACCCGCUGACGGCGGAGGACACGCAGCUCGUUGUGGACGGACGCGCCGCGGAGGUGGGACGCAAAUACGUACAGCUGCACGACCAGACCGGACCGGAUGAAGAUCAAGAGGAAGAACAUGAAAUGAUGAGGGACAGAGAGGAAGAGAGUCGUCAAGAACAUGACGACGAGCCGGGACCUUCCAAGCCUUUGGAUGAUGACCAUUACAAAGUGAACGAUGAUCAAGAGCCUAUAAUCGCGGUAACCACGACACUGGAGGAGACCUACAAACACUAUCCACAAGUGAUGUUCUUGUCCGUGAAGCGGUACCUGCGUCCGACGCAGCGGUUCUUCCGCCGCAUGCUGGCGCCGGGCGCGCGCGUCACGGCGGACGUGUACGCGUACAUGUUCCUCUGCGACUUCUUCAACUUCCUCGUCGUUAUAUUCGGAUUCGCUGCGUUUGGGACACACCAAGGUGAUGGCGGCGUGCAAGCCUAUUUAGAAGAGAACAAAGUACCCAUACCUUUCCUUAUAAUGUUGAUACUGCAGUUUGGUCUCAUAAUAAUUGACCGAGCGUUAUAUCUGCGCAAGUUCAUGCUCGGCAAGAUAUUGUUCCAGUACGCGUUGAUCAUCGGCGUACAUAUCUGGAUGUUCUUUGUGCUUCCAUUCAUUACUGAGAGGACGUUUAACGCCUUGCUGCCACCACCGAUGUGGUAUAUGAUGAAGUGCAUAUACCUGCUCCUAUCCGCGUAUCAAAUCCGAUGCGGAUAUCCGCGACGCAUCAUCGGCAAUUUCCUGUGCAAGUCGUACCAUUUCGUCAAUAUGAUAUGCUUCAGGGGAUUCAUGGCCGUGCCGUUUGUAUUCGAGUUGCGCACGCUGAUGGACUGGAUAUGGACCGACACGUCGAUGACGCUCAUGGAUUGGCUCAAGAUGGAGGAUAUAUUCGCUAGCGUGUUCCUUUUGAAGUGUUCGCGUUAUGUUGAAGACGAGUUUCCUCAACCGCGUGGUGUAAAGAAAUCCAGCACCUCCAAGUACCUGCUCGGCGGCGGCGUGUUGGCCUUCGUCAUCGCUAUUAUUUGGUUCCCGCUUGUGUUCUUCGCUUUUGGCAAUUCGGUGGGUCAACCAAAUCCUCCAACAGAUGUUACAGUUAAAAUACGAAUUGGGCCUUUCCUGCCAGUUUAUCAGAUGUCAGCGCAAUCACAUAACAUCGAUAUUUUCACGGAGCAAGACUACACACAGUUGAGCAACAUGUACGCGCGCGACCGCACCGCGCAGACCUUCCUCUCCAACUACAUGUACAACGACGUCGCCGUCAUCACCAUCAACCCCAACUCCACCAUGAAGUGGGAGAUCUCGCCGCCCGAACUCGACAGGCUCGAGCGGGAGGCCGUAUCUAACGCGUCGCUGCAGGUGAAGUUCACGUACGUGAUCACGCACCCGACGAACGCGGUGCCGAACCCGCCGACGCUGGAGGACUCGCGCGAGGUGUCGCUGGCGGCGCUGCAGGCGGGCCGGCCCAGCCCGGAGCGCGACACGCUCAUCAAGCUGCUCGCCGGCACCGCGCCCGCCGACACCUGGUUAAACGUGAAAACCCUCUUUCCAAAAUUCGUAAAAGUAUUCAACAAAGGCACGACGAAGCCAGCUUACCAGCUGAUGCCUCAAAUACCGGACGGCGCCGACGAGGAGUCCCGGCUGUACCGCGACGUGCAGCUGCGGCUGGAGCGGGACGGCGACGUCAUGUACUGGCGCGUGCGCGAAGCUUGCGCGCAGCGGGACCCGUUGGCGUCGAUACCGCUGAACAAUUGCGACAUGCUCGUGAUGUACACGUUCAACGAUAAGUUGUUCCCGGAGACGCUGAACUUUAUAUCGGGUAGCGGUAUCAUUGGUUUGUACACUACGUUCGUGUUCUUGGCGUCACGCGUCCUGAGAGGAUUCUUCUCCGGUAUCUACACAAAGAUCAUGUUCGAUGACUUGCCCAACGUCGACAGAGUUCUGCAACUGUGUCUUGAUAUUUACCUGGUUCGUGAAGCCCUUGAACUAUCUUUGGAAGAAGAUUUGUUCGCGAAACUGGUGUUCCUGUAUCGGUCGCCGGAAACUAUGAUAAAAUGGAGUCGACCCAAAGAAGAGGAGCCCGAGGAACAGAGGGCGCUGCCUCCGUCGCGCUGAGAACCCGCGCUAGUUCCCACGCACUGAAUACUUUUCUCUCUAAAAUACAAUUGCGCGCCCUCUUUUUUCCUAUGAUACAUAUUGUAUCUGGAAUUAUUUUAUUUUAAAAUCGGUAAGAAGGGGAUUAGUAUACGUGUCGUAUAGUUGAUUUCUGAUCGCGUGACAACGUGACAGAAACGGAUACUCACAAACUUGAGAUGCAAUUCAGAUUUGAAAGUACAAGUUUAGAUUCGGUUUUAUAUGCCUUAGCAGUAAACGUCCAUGCAACGUAAUUUAUUGUAACUUAACCAUGACUUUGCAUUGUAGUGCUACUUGAGUGCGAUAUUGCAUCCACGGUAGAUACGUAAGUUGUACAGUAACGUAAUAUUUUAAGAAUAAUUAUGUUGCAAUUUACAAUAUGCUUUACCGUAAUAUGGUCUUCUUAAAUUGUAAAUCACUUAAAAUUCUAAUGAAUAAAAAUAUCUCGAUGUUAAAUUUCGUCUAAAAGAUUGCUAUGUAGUGAAACUUUCAUUGUUUUCGAUCAGUUUUGCACCCAUUGCUUCUAAAUGCACACGAGCUAAAAUUGUAAGUGUCACUAGUUAGUACUUAAUUUUUAUAUCAUAGAUAUAUUUACAUCAUGUUAUUUGUUUUGCCAUUGCUUCUAAGAAGAGAUGCUCUCUCAAAUUGGGAUUCCAUGGUGUGUGAUAUCUUGGUAAAGCGGGCGAACAGUAACAGUCGCGCAUUGCUCGGAGCUAAGUCUUAGGUCUUGGCUCCGAGCAGAGACUCGCAGAGACUGUCUCUAUGGUUGCGCAAAUAUUCCAAAAUAUCAAGAGAAAAACUCUAUAUUAAAUUUACCGACUCGCGACAGAUCCCUCAUGCUGCUUUGAACAUAGCUCAUUCGCACCGACGACUAUUCUUCACGCACCAUGAGACCUCGACAUUACUCGAGACAUAGAACUCUACCUUUUUAUAUAUAGACACAGAUGGUGGUUAGUUUUCUUAAGUUUUUCCUUAUUAAGCAAAUUUAAUUUAUUUAUCUACUCUGUUGACUUUGUUUUACUGUUCUGGUAAAAACCGAUGUUUCUAUUAAUUGUUCCCCUUUCUUUUAUAUUGAUAAUUAAUUUGCAAACUCAAAGUAAAUAGCAGCAUUGUUCGAAAUCUAAAAUGAAGUUUACCAUUGAAUAAAAUUUAUUAUGCGCAUGUAGGUUGGCUGGAUUACAUGCAUUCCUGUUGCCCGAGCUUUGAAUUUAUAUUGCGGCCCCGGCCUUGCUCAUUACCCAAUAUGCUCAGGAUUACGUAGUAAGGAUAUGCUUACACGAACCCGACUUGUAAAAUUACGAUAUCAUUUACUAUUGUAUUAUUAUCGUUUUACCACUUUACCCUUGUAAGAACAAUUUUUGAAAAAUUUAUUGGAUCGUUUGUAAUGUAUGAGUGCAAUGUUUAUCUUGGCGUUAAUUUAUAUAGUGAAUUUAUUUUGUUUUUAUUUAUUUGCACAUAAGUUUUAUUAUUUUUCGACUUGAAAAGUUACAAGUAUAAUAAAAUUAGUUAAAAGUUACCUCAAAUUAUGUGAAGUCAAUCAUAUUGCAUUUGAUAUUUCAUUGAAUUAUUCAAGUUUAAAAGUUUUAUAAUUGUACACUUUUGUAUUAUGACUGUUGUGUUUAAGCUGCAUUUAAUGUUGUCAAUUUGUGAUAAUAAAACACUUAUCAAACGUU